AUGCAUAAAGAGCAGAAAUCUUUCAUGGCGGCUCAGAAGAAAUUUUUCAACGAUGAGAAACGUCUGGCUCAAUUGAUGGCUAAAUUAAAAGAUGAUCAAGCCAAGUUUGAGGCUAAGCGCAAGACUAAGGAAUGGUCUGUUGCUGGUUGGAAGAGAAGGGCUGAAGCUGCUCUCCUUUCUGAAGAACGUAAAAAUUGGAAGAAAAUUUACGAAAAAGAUAAUGCUGAGAAAGCCAACCUUCGCACUAUUAUUAGUAAUCUCAAAGCUGAUGUUGAAAAGCUGAAAAAUCAAGAUGCGGAGGUUGAAAGAUUGAAGAAGGAGAAGGCUGACUUAGAGGCUGCGCUGACGGAGGCGCGUUUUCAUAGGGAACGGAGUGAGCAACGGGAGGUACAAGCUUUAAGCACUCUUGCCAUUAGAGAUAAGGAACUAGAGGAACUUACUGCUUUGGUUUCUGACCAGGAACAACUGAAAAAGGACCUGGAGCUUGCGCGUUCCGAAAAUGCUGAAUCCUCACGCCGCUUAACUGAGGCUGAAGAGAAACUGGAAAGUUCGGAAACGGCGCGGGUCUCGGCGGAAAGCGAGCUUGAGCCUUUAAAGAACGAUAUGACCUGGUUGAAGGAUCGUGGGAUUGCUUGUGUUGCUGAAUCUGUAUUGAACUCUAAAGAACUGGAUAAGACUGUUGCUGAUUUGGUGGUUGCUGCGCGGCGGGAUGGUUAUGCAGAAUGCUCCCAACAUGUAAAUAGUGCGCUGAAAGUUACUUGGGAUGAUAGCAAGUCCGCUGCUUUUGGCGUAGAUACUGCCGCUGCGCUUGCUUCUCUGAAGGCAGAGUUUAAUAAUUUACAACUUCCAGUUAUGGAGUUGAUAAAUGUGGCGCUGCAGUCGGAUGAUCCGAUAACGCAGCUUAAAGAAAUCUUCCCUGAUGAGGAUGAAGAUUUAGAGUAG